AUGGCUACCUCUGUAUUUUACACAAGAAUCACUCUGAGAGCCAUCAGGGGCCAGACGCAGUACACACAAGGCUUUGCGUUGACCUUUAGAGUGUUGACCUCGGGCCAGGUUCUGGGGUCACCAUGGAAACAGCCCUGUCGCCGUAGGACCCACGCACAGUCAGGCUAUACCCGUGAGUUCCUGUCUCCAGAUACCCGUGAGUUCCUGUCUCCAGAUACCCGUGAGUUCCUGUCUCCAGAUACCCAUGAGUUCCUGCCUCCAGAUACCCGUGAGUUCCUGCCUCCAGGUACCCGUGAGUUCCUGUCUCCAGAUACCCGUGAGUUCCUGUCUCCAGAUACCCGUGAGUUCCUGUCUCCAGAUACCCAUACCCGUGAGUUCCUGUCUCCAGAUACCCAUGAGUUCCUGUCUACAGAUACCCGUGAGUUCCUGUCUACAGAUACCCAUACCCGUGAGUUCCUGUCUCCAGAUACCCGUGAGUUCCUGUCUCCAGAUACCCAUGAGUUCCUGUCUCCAGGUACCCGUACCCGUGAGUUCCUGUCUCCAGAUACCCGUGAGUUCCUGCCUCCAGAUACCCGUGAGUUCCUGUCUCCAGAUACCCGUGAGUUGCUGUCUCCAGAUACCCGUGAGUUCCUGUCUCCAGAUACCCAUGAGUUCCUGCCUCCAGAUACCCGUGAGUUCCUGCCUCCAGAUACCCGUGAGUUCCUGUCUCCAGGUACAGGGUCUUUGAUGCAGCAACCUGACAACCUGUCAGUGUUCCUCAGAGGCUGUGAGGAGUUGGGUCUGAAAGGUUCCCAGCUGUUUAAUCCGGGAGACCUUCAGGACACCUCCAUACAAGCCAACCUCAGGGACUCAGAAUGCAGUAGAAAACUGAAGAAUGUAUUAAUUACAAUAUUCUGGCUGGGGAAGGCAUCCAGUGUGUGUCCCUCCUAUGACGGCCCUGUCCUAAACCUCAGAGAGUUUGAGGGACUGCGAUCACACAUGAGAACGCUGAGUGAGGACAGGUCUGGGUCAGACAGUGUGAGGCCAGGUGUGAGGGACAGUGGUUACGACUGCUGGGACUCAGAGCGGAGUCAGUCUCUCUCUCCCCGACAACACACACGGGACAACUCCCUGGACAGCCUGGAUUCUUUUGGCUCGCGCUCCCAGACUAGCCCCUCCCCUGACAUCAUCGUCCAUGGCAACAGUGAUGUUGACUCAGAGGGCGAUGCCCCCAACAGGAAGGCAGAUGUCCGUCGUGAUGACAUGUUAGCUCGUCGUACGUCGGCCGGAGAAUCACGGACCUUUGUUCCCUUUAACCAGUUCCUGCCCAAUCGGAACGUCUCUGUUCCCACCUCCAGACGCAGAUCACGGCCCCAGGAUGGAGAGCACGGCAGGUUGAGCAGGAGAGUGUCUAAGAUGUCUGAGGAGUUGGAGAGCAUAAGUAUAAUGAACAUGCACAGCGAGGAAGAGGGGGCGGGACUACUUCAGCCUCUCGGCCAAUCACGAUAUGACGGCAUGCAGGAACAGUACACCAAUCACCAGGAGGAGGAGGAGGAAUGGCAAGACGACCUAGCCCGGUGGAAGAGUCGUCGCCGCAGUGCUUCUCAGGAUCUGAUCAGGAAGGAGGAGGAGAGGAAGAGGAUGGAGAGGAUGAUGAAGGAGGAGGAGGGAGGCCACACCCAGAAGAAGAAGAACAUCAAGACGUACAGAGAGAUCGUAGAGGACAAAGAGCGUAGGGAGGCGGAGCUGUGUGAUGCGUACAGGAGGGCGGGCUCUAAAGCGGAAGCUGCCAUGGUUCUCCAGCGUUACGCUCUCCGCUUCACCAUCAGUGAUUCAACGAUGGACAGUCUGCAGCUACCUAGAACCAUUACUACUGACCAGAACCCUGAGUCUAGAACACCUGCUACCAACCAGAACCCUGAGUUUAGAUCCACUACUACCAACCAAAACCCUGAGUCUAGAACACCUGCUACCAACCAGAACCCUGAGUCUAAAACCAUUACUACUGAGCAGAACCCUAACCCUAGAACCAGUAUUAAUAACCAGAACUCUGAGUCUAGAACCAUUACUACUGACCAAAACCCAGAGUCUAGAACCAUUACGACUGACCAGAACCUUGAGUCUAGAACCAUUAUUACUGACCAGAACCCUAAGUCUAGAACCAUUACCUCUGACCAGAACCCUGAGUCUAGAACCAUUACUGCUGACCGGAACUCUGAGUCUAGAAACAUUACUACUGACCAGAACCCUAACCCUAGAACCAUUAUUACUAACCAGAACCCUGAGUCUAGAACCAUUACUGCUGAACAGAACCCUGAGUCUAGAACCAUUAGUACUGACCAGAACCCUGAGUCUAGAAGCAUAAUUACUAACCAGAACCCUGAGUCUAGAACCAUUACUGCUGACCACAACCCUGACAACCCAGAACGAGCUGGAAACGGACUAGAGGCCCUGCAGACUGACACAAAUAAAGAGCCCCGAGCCCCCCCCAAAAAACAUAUCUCUGUCACACACAUCCAACACACACACAACCAACACACCCAACACACACAGCUCCAAACCCAAAACACCCAACACACGCACACACAAAACCACUCCACACAAAGUCAGCACACACUCCCCCUCCCAUCCCCCCCCUCGCGGCCCCGCCCUCUCCUAACAGCCAAGCCCUACUGCCAGCCACCACAGACACAGCCUGGACACAAGCCUGUUAAGGUAGAUGGCUUGGUGAGGGUGAAUGGAGAGACUCUCCCGUCCUCCCCGCCUUCCUCACCCCUUCAAUCCCCCUCCUCACCCAUUCACUCCCCCCAGCCCACCGAACACCCUGGUGCCAAUCAGAAGACACAGGUGUCGGCAGUCAGCGCCCUGAUUGGAGGGAGGAACUGUGUUGUCACGACGACCAUCGUGACAGAACUCACCCAGACACACCUGCAGCCACAUCCGUUAGAUAUGCUCAGCAACACACAGGUGAACGGCUCCAUGGCAUUGUCAAGGAGAUCAGGGGAGGAGGCGGGGUCUGACUCUUCAUUGCUUAGCAACCAGAACACCUACUCAUCCUCGUUGACAGGAGGACUGGAGGGGAGCAGUGGGACGAUGGAGAGCCCCAUGUUGAACCUGGCUAAGCGUGUAGAUCACUGGGUGUGGAACCCUGAGGAUGAGAGGAGACGACAGGAGAAGUGGCAGCAGGAGCAGGAGAGAUUCCUACAGGAGCAGUACCACAGGGAGCAGGAGAAACUGAAAGGGGAGUGGGAGAGAGCGCAGAGAGAGGUGGAUGAGGAAGAACGAAGACACAAUGAAGAGGAGAAGAAGAUCCUGGAGGAGACGGCAACGGCCCUUUCUCAUCCACCUCCCACAGAGCUCGCUGUUCAGACAGAAGUGAUCGUUCCGGCACAACAGAUCUAUGCAUCAUGGGACUGUGAGUCAUCCAGGGGUCAGGAGACGUCUCUGGACCGCAACCAGUCCUGCGCCGUCAAGAGGUCAGGAUCGUAUGAGGGCCCACAUCCACCUUCAUCAUCCCCAUCAUCACCUCAACCGCCCUCCCCCAGCAGGUGUGUGAGUGGUAAGCGUCAGUGUUCAGGUUGCAAUCAGGCACUGGGGAAAGGAACAGCAAUGAACAUCGACACGCUGGGCCUGUACUUCCACCUAACCUGCUUUAAGUGUGGAGUGUGUAAGGUGCAGCUAGGUGACACCAGUUCAGGAACAGAAGUUAGGAUCCGUAACGGGCUGCUGAGCUGUCACGACUGCUAUGCCACAUCACACGCAGUUGGCCAGCCGACUACGCUGUGAUUGGCUACAGCCUGCAUCUGGAACCCUUCACAACAUUCUGGAACGCUGUGGAAUUCUCUUAACUGGGCACACAAACUUCUCCCAGAUGAUGUCAUGGAGACUGAACUGUCUGAUGCUAACUGAUGCUAAUGGAGGCUAACUGCUAAGUGCUAGCGUUGUAGCUGAUCAACCAGUUUUUCCCAGACUGACUUGAUUACAGAGACCUGAAGCACAACCACUGAUCUACAACAGCACACUCAGACACAUGCUACAUGCUAACACCAGCAGCAGUUGGAAUGUAGUAGCUACCUACCUUACUGUCAAAUUAGCUAAAUGAUAAAUGCUAACGGAUGCUAACUGCUAAAUGCUACUGUUCACUCACAAUCAUAAUGCCUUAAUAACUCUGUUUUGUGUUUUAAGUAUUUUGCAUGAACGAAGACCGUGUUAGUUGUUGUUGUUAACGGUAGUUAGGCUGUGUUACCUAGCGACAGCCCUGACUACCACAUAUAGUUGUUAUGGUUACCGUAUGCCUCUCCUCCAUGUUGUUGUGUAAUGAUAAAAGCUUUGUCUUUAUUCUAAUGUUCACCUGAUCAUCAUGUACAUCAUUAUGCUGCGUUCAUUACUCUGAGAGCAAUAAGGAUGCAUGAUCGCUUUAGUUAUUAUUGGAUGUUAUUAUUACCAUUUAAUACCAAGGAUAUUCUGACGUGUUUUAGAGCUUUGCAUCAUACUCUGCCUUAAGACGAGAGUGAGAGGGAUAGCACACGUGUAGUGUUUACGUGUGUGUGUGUGUUUGUGUGCAUGUGUGUGUGAGUUGUUUUAGUUCAAUGUGAAGCACAGUCCUAUACCAGCAAAUAUUACUACACAUUGACCUGCCCUCUCCCUCUUUCUCUCACCUGAUUGGACCUUUACUUCUAAGAACAACAUUUACAUUUACAUUUAAGUCAUUUAGCAGACGCUCUUAUCCAGAGCGACUUACAACCAAUGAAUGAGACAAAGUUAUCUGUUGCUUCCUGUUUAUGCCCAGUCUCUUGUCCUGUGGCAUUUUUAGGCCUAUUUCUUACACCAAUCAAAUGCUUUGGAUAGAUGUGGAGUGGAGAGGAGAGGAGAGGAGGGGAUGGGAUGGGAGAGGAGAUUCGAGAGGAAGAUGGGAUGGGAGAGGAAGAGAGAGGAGAGGGGAUGAGAGAUUAGAGAGGAGGACAGAAGAGAGGAGAGGAAGCUACUUUAGACUGUUCUUUCUGCUGACAUUUCCUAAAGGACAAACUGAAUUGAUCCAGCUUCAUAGCUUUUAUAGCAAUGUGUGUUUAUCAAUAAAAUGACAAUAUGUUCAA